UCUAGUUAUCUAGAUUUGUGGUAUUUGCACUACACGAAAUGGCACACAACAUGCACAAUGCUCCUAAAUUAUCAAAAAAGCGCAAGCUUGGAAAGAAUAAAAAGAAAUCAUGGAGAGCAGUAAAUGUCGACGACAUCGAGGAGUAUUUAGAAGACGAAAGAAGACAAAUUCGGACAGGUGGUUUGGUAUCAGAAAAGGCAGAUGACACUUUGUUUGUUUUGGACAAAAGUACACAGAAGGACUCCACUGCAAAAUCCCUUUCCAAGAGAAGUCUUCGAGAAAAACCUUUGAAAUGUCUUGCCCUUCUGCAGCCAGACCCACACAGUAAACUGGUUAGAAAGCCAGAUCAAGUAACUUUUAAAAAAGGCAAAAGAAGUGAGCGAAUUCUAAAUAGGUUAAGAGAAAGGUCAACAUCUCUGGUUAGACUAAAUGCUGAAAGCCAACGUCAGAAAUACAUAGUAGAAAAGCUAAUUAAAAGAGAGCACAAAAAACAGCUCCCUGUUGUUGAUGAGGUUUUGUGGUCAGAUGAUACUGAUGACCUUAAAGCACCAAAACCAAAGAAAAGGAAGAUAAGUGCAUUACCCGCAACACCUGUUCCACAUCCAGGUACUUCUGUAAAUCCUGCAUAUGAUGAGCAUCAGGAUUUACUCCUUCAAGCCCAUAUAAAAGAAUUAAACAGAAUAAAGAAAGAAAAGAAGAUUUUUAACUCGCUUGAUGCAAAGUUUCCAUCACAGCGUGACGCUCCAGAUCAAAACACUUAUCUCCUUGAAAUGUCAGCUGGGCUUGUUGAUGAAUCUGAUGAUGAAGACGAGGAGGCUGAGAAUGACAACAUACCUAAAAACCCUCCUGUUAGAAGAGAAGACAGAAAAACAAAGAGGCAAAAAAGAAUAGAGAAGGAAGAGAAAGAAAAGAUGAAACUGAAGGCCAAGGAAGAUGAAUUAAAGCAAAAGGAGCGGAUGGUGUUAAGAAUACCAACUAUUAAGUCUGAAAUCAACAAAGCAGAAAGAUUAAGAAAAGAAAAAGAAGCCAUUAAAUUAAAGGAAAAAGAAUUGGAAAAGUUUAAGACUAAAAGACUUGGCAAAAUAAGGUAUGAGGAUGCUGAUCUUGAUUUGAAACUGUCUGAAGAGCUUGUGGCAUCUUUACGAGAAGUCAAACCUGAAGGACAUAUUCUUCAUGAUGUAUACAAAAGUUUACAGAGGAGAAAUAUAAUUGAACCAAGAAUGAGACAAAAGAGGAUGAAAAAGAAGUUCAAGCCUAAGAAGGUGGAGAAAAAAGGUCACAAAGCUGUUAAAUUAUGAUCUUCAUAUUUCUACUUUGUGUAAAUAAAGUAUUA